GUGGUGGUGGUGGUGCGAAACAGCGGCGGCGGCGGAGGGAUGAGCAUGUCGGCGGCGGGGUAUUUGGCGCGGCGCGCGGCGCAGAAGGAGCGGGUGAUGCUGCUCUACCGCCGCGCGCUCAAGGACACCCUCAACUGGGCCGUACACCGCCACAUCUUCUACCAAGACGCAUCAGAUCUACGAGAGAAGUUUGAGGCCUACAGGCAUGUGGAGGAUCUAGACACUAUCGAUAGGCUUAUUAGUGAGGGCGAAGCAACCUAUGAGAAGUGGCGGCACCCUGAUCCUUAUAUUGUUCCUUGGGCUCCCGGUGGCUCCAAAUUUACACGAAAUCCUCCUCCACCUGAAGGGAUUGAGAUUGUUUAUGACUAUGGCAAGGAAGACUAAUGAAUGCGCAAGAAAAUCUCGGCACUUCUGCAGUGCAAUGAUGUUCUCUUUAACCUUUCACUUAAACAUGCGGAAUGGUGACUUUCUGGUGAAUAAAAUGAAAUCAACAAAGUCUUAGGUUGUUGUGUGCCUAUGUUAUGGAGAUUUGUAUCUAAAUUCUUCCGUUGUCUUCGUUCGUAAAUGCAAUUGGCAUAAUCAUCUCUGUCACAUUCAUCGAUCAUACCUGGAGUACUCAGUGUGUCUAUGAUUUUGUUGGCUCACUUCGAAAUAAAGGUUGUUAACAAAUAUUUUAGUCA